AUGAACACCCUCACGUACCUCAAGCAGAUUGAGGAUGCGACCCACCCCGAGGCGACAAUGACCGAAACCUUCGUGUCGGUGGCGUCCACGGGCGCCUUGUACCGCGUGUACGUCUUCUUGACGGCGGAUGCGAGCAAGUUUAGCUACAGCUGCGCGGGCCUGUACCUCCAGAACCGGUUGCGCGCGCAGGACAAGUCGAUCAUUGUGUCGUUCAACAUGCAGUGCGACCGCGAAGACAAGAUUGGCAAGACAUUGGUCGUCGCACUCAAGCAAGUGACGGACAAGUUCACGUUCAGCGCGCGGACGUUGGCGUCCGCUUGGACCGCAGUCCUCACGACGGACUAUGAUCCCACGAAACGUUCGACCGCAGACAAGACGUCUGAUGUGUUGGACCCGAACCCCUAGCCGCAGCCGAUCCCUUAUGAACGAACAUAUAAAAGGAAAAAAUCG